UUUGAGAAGAUCGGGGGCCUCCCCUGCUUGGAACAACGCGGGAAACGUAAACGCUACAAAGAGAAGUCGGCCGUUCACGAGAGCCUUGCUCACAGACCUCUGAGUCUGGCAUGCUGGCAGAGAUGAACAGCUGGAGUUUAUGACCCAUCACUUUACUUGUUCAUGGUGUUCAAAAAAGCAUGUCCUCCCAGGAUGUCCAGAGUUUCUUCCAGCCCUUGUCCUCAUGGAUGUCUCGGGUCUAUGAGGCUGUCCAAGAAGCAGGCGACUCCAUAUCUUCUUCCUUCGCCAACCUGGGAAGCAAAGCGGAUCCCCAUCCCACCGAAGAAGGAGACAAGGGCUUAGAAGACAGCGAUGAUGGGUCUUAUGAACGUUACUCUGAAGCUUCAGACGAUGGAAGCACCUUUAGCCAGGAGAGUGGAGAAUCUGAUGACUUCUCAUCAUCUGCUCAUGACCCUACUUCUCUGGAGUCUUCCUGUGCUUCAGACCUGGGUCUUCGUUGGCACGAAGGAGACAAGAGCAGCCCCACCUUCUCAGAUCAGUAUCUCGAUGAUGACCCCUUGACAUCCCAUGGACUCUACCCAAACUACAAGGGCUACCAACUUAUGGAAACCAUCCCGGAGGAAGAGGAGCAUUCCAAGCAGAGUAAGAAUCUUCUACAUAACUGUGAUGUGAAUAGCUUCGGGGAGGACGAAGACCUGACCACCUCCUCGGACAGCGACGACGAGGUGAUCAAACAGUUUGAGAUCUCCGUUUCGCGCUCGCAGAGCUUCCGUUCGGGAGUUUCCGAGAAAGGGACGCAAGCCGGUUCUGAGCGCAGGCCCAAAUUCAACCGCUUGCUGUCGAACCACGAAGAGUACAGCUCCGAGGCCUCUGAAUGCGAAGAUCUAGACGGGUUCAGCCAACUGAGUUACCAAGACAACCUCUCUUAUCACGAAGAUGACCACCUAUCCCUCGACUCCAGAACGGCGUCGGAGAGCAGGGGCUCUGGGCAGCCCAAAGACCCCGGGGUGGAGGUCAGCGCGACGCCCAGCCUCAGCCGGCAAGAGACGGAAGGGAGCUUGGAAAUGGAGACGGCUUUUAGCAACCAAGGAUUCGAAGGGAACGACGCCACGGACAGCUCGUCGGCCUGGAGCCCGGAGGAUCACGAAGGAGCGAGUGCCCUUCCGGCUCCGCCAAGCAGCCGCGUGCCAAUUUCCAAGUGUGGCGACCUGGACGUCCUCUUUGAGUACAAGCCCUCGAGCCAAAAGCUGCUGGUGACGGUUCUGAAGGCGAAGGAGAUCCCUGACAAGGACCGCAGCGGAGCCAGCUCCUGGCAGGUGCAUGUGGUCCUGAUGCCCAGCAAGAAGCAGAGAGGGAAGACGAGCGUCCAGCGAGGCCCCAGCCCUGGGUUCAAGGACAAGGUGACCUUCAGCAAGUUGGCGCCGGAGGAGCUGAGCAGCUACGCCCUCCGGUUCCGCCUCUACUCCGUGCGCAAAAUGAUCAAGGAGAGGAUGAUGGGGGAGCACCUGUUUUACCUCAGCCACCUGAACCAGGAAGGGGAAAUGAAGGUCACACUAGUCUUGGAGCCCAGGAGCAACUUGUGUAGUGGAGGCUCCCAGAUGAGUCUCUCGGCCAUCUCUCACAGUGACAGUGCUUCUUCGACCCAGUCCCUGUCACACGGAGGGGUUCCAGAACUGCUGGUGGGCCUAUCCUACAAUGCCACAACGGGGCGGCUGUCUGUCGAAAUGAUCAAAGGCAGCCACUUCCGGAACCUGGCUAUUAACAGGCCGCCUGACACUUACGGAAAGCUCUGCCUCCUCAACUCCGUUGGCCAGGAGAUGUCCCGCUGCAAGACGUCGCUCCGCCGGGGGCAGCCGAAUCCCGUCUACAAAGAGACUUUCGUCUUCCAGGUUGCCUUGUUCCAGCUGUCGGACGUCACGCUGAUGAUCUCCGUCUACAACCGCCGCAGCAUCAAGCGCAAGGAGAUGAUCGGCUGGCUCUCCAUGGGGCAGAACAGUAGCGGGGAGGAAGAGCUGAGCCACUGGCAGGAGAUGAAGGAAUGCAAGGCUCAGCAGGUGUGCCGGUGGCACACUCUCCUGGAAUCCUAAGGGGAAGAGCCUCCGAGGUCCUGGCAUGGCGGUUGUCUCCACCUGAGGCUCAGAAGGUUAAGCCAACCCUUCCCAGUGUUUGAAACACAAAGGACUGCCAAGUUCCUGUUAUGAACUGGACUUCUGACGAUUUUUACUAGUCACAGUUGUAUUUGCACUCUUCCCUUCCCCAAAAGGUCUCUCAAAACGACAGCCACGCCAUUGGCAAAGGCAGAGCAGGAUUGGCACUUGGAUCCGGCCCCUCAGAGAAGAAGGCCAGGGCUGAUGAACCUUUUCCGCUCCGAGGGCCUCAUUCUGCUCUCGGCAACCUCCCGAGGGCCGCAUGCGACUGUUGAGCAGGGCCAGAGGCAAAAUUGGAGGGUGGGGGCAAUGGGAAGCGAACGUUACAUUUGUCCAGUAGGCUGAAUUUCUAGACACCCACAGCACACAGUCCUUGUCUACAUCAGCAAGAGACGUUUUUAGGGUUGAAAGGAUGCGUUCCGGCCAGGGCAUUGAGUUUUGAGGACCAGAUUGCAAGGCCUGGGGGGCUGCAUUCAUUCCCUGAGAAUCCCCGCUUCCAAACGAGGCUUUCUUUGUCUUUGGCGAUGCCAUCAUGUAGCCAAAUCUGAUUGGUUGGCCAGUGGAAGAGGGUCUGUAAACAGCAGCAAGUUGUCAUGCAAGAAGUAUGCUUUGAGGGUACAGUUUUUCUCUUCAAAACCCUCCCAUCCCCUUUUUCCACGCCAAAAAUAAUGUUUGCCGGGGAACAUUUGGCUCAACUCCAAUUUGCUUAUACGAUGGCAGUCGCUGAGAUGACGUUCGGAAGAGGCUGCUUGGCAAAGAAUGGAAAGAAUGAAUGGUUCCGACGGGAAUGUUUGGUAGAAGCCAUGGAAGGAAAAAAAAGUAUCUAGAAGGCUGGCCGUCAGCACUAUAGUGUAGGAUAGUCGGAGAAACUGGGCGUAAAAGCUGGCCUGACCAUGAUAGACCCUGCUCAAGUCUUCCUUUUUAAUUUCUCAGCCUCCUCCAAGUGUGGUCCUUCCAUUUUCUAAACUGAGCAUAGCCUAUGUGUUUUUGCUGAGCCACACCUCUGCUCAGCCCAAGCAGCCACAGUCAAUGAUCAGAGAUGAUGGGAUGGCAAUCCAACGAUACUUAGAGGGCCACAAAUGCAGAAUUCCCAGUAUAAGCCCAUGAGGGCUAGAAAAUAUGUUUUAAUAAGUUGAGGUACAAAGCUGCACACAGAAAAACUUCUGGCAAAGCUUGGCUUGUGCACUCAGAACAUGGAGGGUGUGUGGAUGGUGUCAUUUGUAUGGUUUAGCUAAUAGAUGGUUUUGUUCCUGGAGUUCGUUGAAUCUGAGUAGAGAGUCAGGAGUUCCCUCUCUGGGAGCAGAGACUGCAAAGAUUUUGUCUAGCUUCUAGACUGGUGCGUCCUCUACACCUCCCAUGAGGAAAGGAGAAUCAUCUGAAAGAAGCGGGACCUGAAUGUGCAGUACAUCGGGUCAGGACUCAAUGGAACACCAAUUAAGCCCCCCCCCC